AUGUAUCGCAGCACCAUAGGAGCACUCAAAUAUCUCACACUUAGCAGACCUGAUAUUGCUUUCUCAGUAAAAAAACUGAGCCAGUUUCUACAAGCACCAACUCAAAAUCAAUGGAAGGCUUGCGAAAGAAUACUUAGAUAUCUAGUAGGAACAAUAGGUGAAGGAAUUUGGUUCACACCAGCUCUAAGUACAACCAUAGAAAGUUUAAGUGAUUCUGAUUGGGCAAGCUCUUUGGAUGAUCGAAAAUCAACCACGGGCUACUGUGUAUACUUUGGUGGCAACUUAUUUAGCUUGAGUUCAAGGAAGCACAAAUCAGUGGCUCGAUCAAGCACCGUAGCAGAGUACAGAGCUCUGGCGCAAGCAUGUACUGAAGUGGUAUGGCUCCAAUCUUUGUUCACGAAAAUUGGAAUUAAGAGUGCAUGUCCUACUGUCAUAUGGUGCGAAAAUUCAAGAGCUCGUCAAUUGGCAUCGAAUUCUGUUUUUCACUCACGAACGAAGCACAUCGAAAUCGAUGUCCAUUUCACCAUAGACAAAGUACUCGACAAAGAAAUUGAGGUGAGGUACAUUCCUUCAAGUGAACAUACUUCACACAUACUUACUAAAUCAUUAUCUAUCACUAGCUUCCAUCAUCUAAAGAACAAGCUACCUAUUAGUCAUUCACCACUACAUAGCUUGAGGGGGCGUGUUGAAAUGAAAUAUGAGGAUGUGGCACAAAUGCAAAAUUAUACGGAUGUUGAUGAGGAAGAUGAUUGA